AUGAAUACAUUAGACGAAAAGUUUAAGAAAAAUAAUUUAUGGGAUAAUAAUGACAUGAAUAUAAAUGAAGAAAAUGUAAAUUUAAUAUAUAAUAAUGAACAAGAGAGUCUACUAAAAAAUGAAUUUAAUGAUAAUAUUUAUAUAAAUGAAUAUUCUAGAAGAAAUAAUGUGAAUAUUUAUUAUGAUAAUGAAAAUGUAAAUAAUAAAUGUGAAAUGAAUGAUAAUCAUCUCAAUAAAAACUUAGAUACUUCUAAUAUAAAUGUUAUAAAAAAAGGAUAUGAUUAUAAUACUCACUUAACUAAUGUAAAUAACUCUAUUAAUUUUAGUGAUAUUAAUAUAAAUAAUAAAUUAAAUAAUGCAAAUACUCCUAAUAAUUCUCACAAAAGUGAAUUUUUUGAAAAAGAAUUUAAUUUAAAUGAUGAAGAAAAUAAUUAUAAAGAUAAUAUAGAUGGUAAAAUGAAUAUAAUUAACUCAAAUACAAAUAUCAAUAAUAAAGAUAACUCUUUUGAAUUAUUCCCAUUUUUUAAAAGUUUAAAUAAUAUUAGAACAAAAUUAUUAUGCUAUUAUGACAUAGAUAAUGAUGUUAUUAUAUAUAGAUGUAUGUGUGCAUUAUUACCAUAUUUAAAUGUAGAUAGAACAUAUGAGGAAAUUAAUAAUUUUAAUGAUAUUGAGAAAAAUGUGAAUGAAACAGAUUAUGAGAAAAAUACUGAUAAAACUAUUAAUCAAAAUGAAAAUGAAAAUAAAAGAGAAAUAAGUAAUGUUAAUGAUGCUUUUGAUUAUUAUGAUAAUAAAUUAUGUAUUGAAAGAAAUCCAGAUAUUUAUAGUUUCAUUUGGCUAAAUUCUUUUGUGUGUUUCCUUGUUUUUUUUCUUUUUAAUAUGAAAAAUCUAUUUUUUAAUGAUAUAUCAUUAGAUGAAGUGGAGGAUAAUAUUAAAAAAACAAAUUAUAUUGUAGAUAAUAAACUAAAUAUACUCUAUAUUAUUUUAAUAUUUGUAUUUUUAUUUAAUACUUUCAUACCAAUACUAAUAUAUACAAUUGUAUAUUUAAUAACUAAAAAAAAAUGUCCAUUUAAAUUAUUAUUUCUUAUUUCAUUAGUGAGUUAUAAUAACAUAAAUUUACUUCCUGUUCUUUUUAUAUAUAAAAUUACAAAUAUUGAAACAAAUAUAAUUUUUUUACAUUUUUUAUAUAAAACUAUCCAUUUGUUGGUUUUUCUUUUUUAUAUUUGUACCACUACUUUUUAUAUUUAUAAGUUUACUAAUAAAAUUUUCAAAAAUCAUUUUUCGGAUGAUUUAAUAUAUCUUAUUUAUACAACUUUUUUAAUAUCAUACAUAUUUUUUUACUUUUUAUUAAAAAGUUACAUAUUCAAUUAUUUAUAA